AGUGGCCUCUGCCCAGUUUCAUUAAUUUAUUGUCUACCCAACAAAGCCUAGCACCAAAUUUUGCACUCCUUUCUUUCAAAACUAAACAAAACACAUUAAAGCAAUAGAAGAAAAUGCAGAGAAAUAAUGUAGAACUGAACAUUCGUCCUCUCUUGAAUUUGAAGAAUUGUUGAGAUCAUAGCCAUAAUUAUGUCUGAACUCUCUGUCUUUACCAUCCACUGAAAAUAACUAGACACCUCUCAGCUAUAUAAACACUGCCUUGGGUGACUUGCCCUAAGGUGUCCUGUUUUUGAUCAAGUAGUUAUUUUGUUCCCUUAUGGAAAAAGACAGUUUCCAGCCGUUAGAACUAGAGAAGAGUGGAUCUCCCAAAAGGACCAUUCCCAAAAGAAUAAUCCAUUUCACUGAUGGAGACAUCAUGGAAGAAUACAGCACAGAGGAGGAAGAAAAAGAGAAACAGAAUUCCACACUUGAUCCUCCUAAACUUUCAUGGGGACCCUACCUAUGGUUUUGGGUAGAGCAAAUAGCAAGAACAUCAUUUUCUACCUGUGAAUUCCUUGGCGGGAGAUUUGCUGUCUUCUUUGGUCUCAAUCAACCCAAAUAUCAGUAUAUGUUAAACGAGUAUUAUAGAACACAAAAUAAGGAAAAUAACAAGGAGAGUGAAGGGAAUGGAUUAAAGGCCCGGCCAGCCAAAGCUGCUAAUGAAAAGUGUCCCCUGGAGGCUGGAGGCCGACAGUAUGGAACCAGACAAGACUCUGCAGAGGGUGGUCCCCAGGGGAGCGCCUCAUCCAGGGAGGGUCUGGAAGCAGGGCUGUAGUUUCCCUGGAUCUCUGAUCCUGGGCCAUUGGUUCCCAUGGCGGCUGCAUCACUGAGCCAGAUCUGAUUUUACUCUCCUCGAGAUUUAUUCUCCAGCAUCCAGAAAUUGAAAGCAGUAAUGAGAAUGUGGAUUCUCUCUCAAUACACAUUUUUCUCUGUAAGUCCCACCCAACCCAACUCCACACCAGCAACACAAGUCCUGUUAGUCAGUGGUGAUCUGUUAGUAUUGACAUUUACACAGGAGUAUAAAAAUAAGGAACUCUAAGCUCUAUAAGAAAUAUUUGGAAAAAUGGAUGAUUUUAUUUAUGGAAAUCAUAGUGAGAUAGCACAGGUUGUUUUCAGCCAAAGGCAGCUGUGAUACAAUAUGAAAACACAGGACUUGGAGUAAUAAGACCUAAGGUCAUGUCUAUUCUACCAUGUAUAAUUGUAUGAUUCUGGGUGUCCAGAUUUCUGAGCCCCAGUCUCUUUCUUUGUAAAAUAGAGGUGGCACUUAUUUGUUCCUUAAGGGUUACUGUUAAACAAAAUACUUUUAAAAUUGAAUAUUCAUUGCUAAUGCUUAAGUAAUGACUUAUAUUGAAGGUCUCCCAAAAUACAUGCCUUCUGGAAUCCCCGUCAUUCAUAGUUUCACCUAAAUUGACUCUGGGCUUGGCCAUGUGACUUGCUUUGGCCAAUGAAACAGUAGCUAAUGUUAUGCAAGUGGAAACUUGAUAAGGACUUGCACAUGGGCACUUAUCCUCUCAGAAAGCUCCAUGUUGUGAAGAAUCUUGAGCUAGACUUCUGAAAGAUGAGAGACCACAUGGAGAGAGAUCCCCAAGGGUGAAAGCCCAUCUUAUACAUGCCAGCCCAGCCAAGCUCCUACCAAAUGCAACUGCAUAAGUGACCUUCUGCUACCAUGCAGGUGAGCCCAGCCAACCCAGGGAAUCAUGAGAAACAAUAAAUCAUUGUUGCUUUAAGGUUUUAAGUGGUUUGUUAUGCAGUCAUAUGUAACUGGAACAAUAGCUCUUAGAGAAGGGAAAGGCGGAAAUGAUAGGAUAUGAAAUCACGGACAGAAGUAGCCCUGGAGGGUAAGGUGAGGUUAGGUGAAUAUAUGAAGAUAAGAUAGUUUACGUUGCACAACUCCAAAAUCUCAGUGGCUUAAAAUAGCAAACAUUUAUUUCUUUCUCAUGAAUCAGUGAAAUAUCUAUACAUGGAAAGCUAAAAACUAACUGCUAAAAAAAUUAAAGACCUAAAUA